AUGGCACUUACAACUAAAUAACAACUAAACACAGGUUCGAAUAAGAACACACGGUGAGUGUUGUUCGGUUCUUCCCUCAGACAUGAAGUGAUAUGGCAUCCAUUAAUUCUCUCCAGUUCCAUUCUCUCUGCAAUCUCCAGUCGUCGAUUGGAAGAUCCAAGCUCCAGAUUCCUUCAAGCCUGCUUGUGUUCAGACGCAGACACAUAAGUCUUCAAGUCCAAACCAAUCAAAGAUUCGUGUGCAAAUCGAUUGCCGACGAUUCCUCGGCUCCAGACGAUGAAGAAACUCAGAACGAUGAUGAUAACGAGGAAGAAGAAGAAGAAGAAGUUGCCACGACUCCGAGUAACAACAACACGGCCACUGAAUCCGAGACUCCGAUGAUUUCGAGAUUCCGUACCAUGGUCACCACCAUCGCCAACGAUUCCGAGACUUCAAUCUCGAGAUUUCGGAGUAUGGUCACCACACUCCCUCCUGUCGUCUUCCUGAUGAACAAGUCCUCAGGGAAGAACAGCGUUUGGAUUGGUAUCAGCAUCGUAGCUACUCUCCUGCUCGCUUCUUUACGAGCUUAUGCAGUCAGAAAAUCGAGAGAUAAUAAUAACCGUCCUCCUGGCUCCGUUGCCGAUCUCGUGAGACGUGGCCAGCUGAGAUCCGGUGAUAGAAGAGGCAUCUCAAAGACUCUUAACUACGAAGACCCGUUCAACAACCCUUUCGUUAAACUUGGCAAAGGAAGCUCCACGGUGGAGAUGUGCGGUAAAGUUUAUAAGCUAGCUCCGGUCACGCUUACGGAGAAAGAACAGAGUGUUCAUCAGAAGAGAAGGUCGAGAGCGUACCAGUGGAAGAGACCGACUGUUUUCCUCAAAGAAGGAGACUCGGUGCCUCCUGAUGUUGAUCCUGAUACUGUCAGAUGGAUCCCUGCCAAUCAUCCGUUUGCGACCACGGUUAGCGAUAUCGAUCAAGACCUUGCUCAGAACAAUGUGUACCAGAAGCAAGGUGUUCCGUUUCGGAUUCGUGCUGAGCAUGAAGCUAUGCAGAAAAAGCUUGAAGCUUUACAAAAUGAGGAGAAGUUGAAUAGUUUGGGUAUUGAUAGUCAAAACGCCAGAGAUUUUCAGAGGCCGUACAAGUUCUCAGGCCAGCUCGAGGAAGACCAUAAUGUCCAGGAGAAUCAUACUGGUGAUUCAUCUUCUGAGGAGACGCAAUAAGCUUUUAAAUAUAGCCUUGAGAGUCACACUUGCGUUCCAAGAAACUGAAGAUACUUUUUUGUUCUUUUUGGUGAUAUACGUUAAAAAAAACCUAAAUCUCUGUUUUUUCUUUCA